AUGCACAUCCGGAAUGUUCGUCCCCGGACCAGCAGCAUAUCAGCACGUCCAACAGAGUCAGGUGUUCAGGCGCUGGAGGCUCCUGCACCACGCUGGAACUCGUACCUCCAGGAGGGCGCAACCUGGGCACUGGAAGACGACAACUACAUCCAUGUUUUGGCUCGUGGACCAGGGCUACAUGGCUACGAUGCCUUGCACUACCUUGGUUCCGUAGAACUGCACCCGACUGAGCCUGAUCAUGUUCCAAGCAUGCUUGGGAGUGCGAAUUGUGCUGAAACUGACGCAUCGUCGUCAGGUGGUGCGCCUAGCAGCAUUCCCGGUGGCAGCGACACUCUCUGCAUGGGUGUCCCCCAUUCUGAGCAGACAUGCUUUCCGGCAGUGCCAGAGGGUGAGCUACCUGGGGUUCCUGAGUCAGGAUGCUCAGGCUCAGCGAUGUUCUGGGGGCAAAGUCAUGGGGCAAGCCACAACACUGAUGUAGCUGAAGAUUCUGGCAUGGGCGGCCAUGAAUUGCGCCAGGAAAAUGAAGCUGCAGGCACAAGCAGUGCCAUGUUGCUGUUGUCCAGUGCAUCUUCGACGCCCAUUUUCCACCCUGGAAGCCCAAUUCAGGAUCACCACACCACAGCUGCCGUCUUGAACUCAGGGCAGUGCAUUGCUGCCUUGGGACAGGCUUUGGGCCUGAGCUUUGGAGUUGCAGUGCCCGACAGAGGUGCCAUUGACUUAGAAGAAGACCGUUGGACAAACCUCAUCGAGGAUGAGCUCAAUGCCGAGCUGCACCCACGGAGGCCAUGCCACGUCUGCAGACAGCGACCUUCCAACACGCUCAUCACUAGCUGCAUGCACUGCGUCCUGUGCGUGGAGUGUGCUGUGAGCCAAGCCAACCUGGAUCGCCCGAUGCCAGACAUUCUUCCCUGUCAUCUGUAUGAUGGCGGUGGGCGCGUGUGGAUCGCCUGCCCAUCCUGCCAAGAGCCUGGAGUGGCGCAGAGCCUCUGGCCCGUCCGAGACUGGGCAUGUCCUUCGCACAAUGGGCUUUGCUGUGUGUGCAAGGAGCACGAGGCCGACGUGAUGCUGACAUGCUGCAUGCGCGUUGCCUACUGCACGUCCUGCGCACAGCGCCUCAGCAGCACACCAUGUGAGCCUUCGGAUUUUGGAAGUGAAGACACUGCGCCGAUCAUCUGGUGCCCUGGUUGCACGCUGUUCCCGUGGUUCGUGAUCAGGGCUCAUGCUCGCCAGGUGCGGUGGGAAUAA